AUGAGGAAUGGCCGCAUUGCUCCACUGCUGGUAGGGGGAGAUCUUAUUGAACUGUCACACCUACAAUUUGCAGAUGACACUAUUUUAUUCUGCCCGCCGGAGACUGAAACAAUUGUAAACUAUAAGAGACUGUUACGGUGCUUUGAGUUGAUGUCUGGGCUGAGCAUUAACUUUGAUAAAUCGAAUCUGAUAUCGGUGAACUGUGAGCAAGGAUGGAUUGAUCAAGCAUGUGGACUGCUGGGAUGCCAACAAGCUUCUCUACCGGUUAGAUACUUGGGAGUUUCUCUAGGUGUGAAUCCGCACUUGGUGAAGACUUGGAAACCAAUUAUUGAUAAGGUGGAACAGAAGCUGAGUUUGUGGAAAGCCAAGGUUUUGAAUAAAUCAGGUAAGCUGGUCCUUAUCAAAUCGGUGCUGAAUAGUCUCCCCAUCUACUACCUUAGUCUAUACAAGAUGCCGAAGGCGGUAGCGGACAAGCUGAUUGCUUUACAACGGAACUUUUUGUGGUGCAGGGAGAACGGGAUAGUAGGGGUUGGUUUAUUUGUUGGUAGCUGGUUAUGUGUCUUCUUCUUUCUUUUAUUUGCUCCACUUUAA